CAACAGCGCGGGGGCUGCGGCGGCAUCAGCUGGGGACAGAGCGCGGCGGCGGCAGGAAUAGUGAAUAGUUCCAAUGAUGGAGGACGGGAAGCCUGUUUGGGCUCCACACCCAACUGAUGGGUUUCAGAUGGGGAAUAUCGUGGAUAUUGGCCCUGACAGCUUAACUAUUGAACCGUUAAACCAGAAAGGCAAGACUUUUCUGGCUGUUAUCAACCAAGUGUUUCCUGCAGAAGAGGAUAGUAAAAAGGAUAUGGAGGAUAAUUGUUCACUAAUGUACUUAAAUGAAGCUACACUCCUUCACAAUAUCAAAGUGCGGUACUGUAAAGACAGAAUUUAUACCUAUGUAGCCAACAUUCUUAUUGCAGUGAACCCAUAUUUUGAUAUUCCUAAACUUUAUUCUUCAGAGACUAUUAAAAAGUAUCAGGGUAAAUCACUUGGGACAUUACCACCACAUGUCUACGCAAUAGCCGAUAAAGCAUUCCGUGACAUGAAGGUACUCAAGAUGAGUCAGUCCAUCAUAGUUUCUGGAGAAUCAGGAGCUGGCAAGACAGAAAAUACAAAAUUUGUUCUGAGGUAUUUGACUGAAUCCUAUGGUACCGGUCAAGAUAUUGAUGAAAGAAUAGUAGAAGCCAAUCCACUCUUAGAAGCCUUUGGAAAUGCAAAGACUGUUCGCAACAACAAUAGCAGCCGUUUUGGAAAAUUUGUAGAAAUCCACUUCAACGAAAAGAAUUUGGUGGUUGGUGGAUUUGUGUCACAUUAUCUUCUGGAGAAAUCCAGGAUCUGUGUGCAAGGCAAAGAAGAGGAAUUACCACUCUUUUACCGGCUUUGUGCAGGUGCUCCUGAAGAUAUUAGGCAAAGCUGUAUUUAAGCUCUCCAGAUUAAAUUUAGGUAUUUAAAUCGUGGCUGCACUAGAUACUUUGCUACCAAAGACACAGACAAGCAAAUUUUGCAAAAUCGCAAAAGUCCUGAGUACCUAAAAGCAGGUUCCCUGAAGGAUCCUCUACUGGAUGAUCAUGGAGACUUCAACAGAAUGUGCACAGCAAUGAAAAAGAUUGGCCUGGAUGAUGCGGAGAAGCUUGAUCUUUUCAGAGUAGUAGCUGGUGUCCUUCACCUUGGAAAUAUUGAUUUUGAGGAAGCUGGGAGUACUUCAGGUGGAUGCAUUCUGAAGAACAAAUCUAGUCAGUCUCUAGAAUACUGCGCAGAAUUGCUAGGUUUGGAUCAGGAUGAUCUACGUGUCAGCUUAACCACCAGAGUCAUGCUUACAACAGCAGGGGGCGCCAAAGGAACGGUUAUAAAGGUACCCUUGAAAGUAGAACAAGCGAAUAAUGCACGAGAUGCCUUGGCUAAAACUGUAUAUAGUCAUCUUUUUGAUCAUGUGGUAAACCGAGUAAACCAGUGUUUUCCAUUUGAGACCUCCUCUUUCUUCAUUGGUGUUCUAGAUAUAGCUGGUUUUGAAUAUUUUGAACACAACAGUUUUGAACAGUUUUGUAUUAACUACUGUAAUGAAAAGCUGCAGCAAUUCUUCAAUGAAAGGAUUCUGAAAGAGGAACAAGAACUUUACCAGAAAGAAGAUCUGGGAGUCAAUGAAGUGCACUAUGUAGAUAAUCAGGAUUGUAUAGAUCUGAUUGAAGCAAAAUUAGUAGGUGUGCUGGAUAUUUUGGAUGAAGAAAAUCGUCUUCCGCAACCAAGUGACCAGCAUUUUACUUCUGAGGUGCAUCAAAAACACAAGGAGCAUUUCAGACUAUCUAUUCCCAGGAAGUCUAAAUUGGCUGUUCACAGAAAUAUCAGAGAUGAUGAGGGCUUUAUUAUCCGACAUUUUGCUGGAGCAGUGUGCUAUGAGACGACCCAGUUUGUGGAGAAAAACAAUGAUGCUUUGCACAUGUCCCUUGAAUCUCUUAUAUGUGAAUCCAAGGAUAAGUUUGUCCGGGAACUAUUUGAAUCUACCACUAAUAACAACAAGGAUCCCAAACAAAAAGCAGGAAAGCUUAGCUUCAUCAGUGUGGGAAACAAAUUCAAGACUCAAUUAAAUUUGCUCCUUGAAAAGCUUCGCAGUACUGGGUCAAGCUUUAUUCGCUGCAUCAAACCUAAUUUAAAGAUGACAAGUCACCAUUUCGAAGGAGGACAGAUUCUCUCUCAGCUUCAGUGUUCAGGUAUGGUGUCUGUUUUGGACUUGAUGCAAGGUGGCUUCCCAUCACGAGCAUCAUUUCAUGAGCUAUACAAUAUGUACAAAAAAUAUAUGCCUGCGAAACUAACUCGACUGGACCCUAGACUUUUCUGCAAGGCACUAUUUAAAGCCUUGGGCUUAAAUGAAAAUGAUUACAAAUUUGGAUUAACAAAGGUGUUUUUUAGACCUGGCAAGUUUGCAGAGUUUGAUCAGAUAAUGAAGUCUGAUCCAGAUCAUCUAGCGGAGCUGGUUAAACGAGUCAAUCACUGGCUUAUCUGCAGUCGCUGGAAAAAAGUUCAGUGGUGUUCUCUCUCAGUGAUUAAAUGUAAAAAUAAAAUACGAGCUAGUGCCUGCAUUAAAAUACAAAAAACUAUUCGUAUGUGGCUUUGCAAGAGAAAGCACAAACCACGCAUUAAUGGACUAAUAAAAGUGAGUACACUGAAAAAGAGACUUGAUAAAUUAAUGGAAGUAGUAAGUGCCCUGAAAGAGGGAAAACAAGAGAUGAGCACGCAGAGGGAUCUGGAGUUAUCUAUUGAUGCGUUGAUGGUCAAGAUUAAGGCCACUGUGAUGACUAGGGAACAGAUACAGAAAGAGUAUGAUGCUCUAGUUAAGAGCUCAGAGCAGCUUCUGAGUGAGCUACAGAAAAAGAAGCAGCAAGAGGAGGAAGCAGAGAGGCUGCGACGCAUCCAGGAGGAAAUGGAAAGAGAAAGGAAAAGACGUGAAGAGGAGGAGCAACGUCGCAGAAGGGAAGAGGAGGAAAGGCGACUAAAAUCUGAGAUUGAAGCAAAGAGAAAACAGGAAGAAGAAGAGAGGAAGAAGAGGGAAGAGGAAGAAAAAUGUAUUCAGGCUGAAAUUGAGGCACAACUAGCUAGAGAGCGUGAAGAAGAGACCCAACAACAGGCAGUCCUUGAACAGGAACGUCGUGACCGUGAACUUGCAAUGAGAAUUGCACAGAGUGAAGCAGAGCUCAUCAGUGAUGAGGCUCAGCUUGAUUUAGGAUUGCGAAGAUUGGAUGGUGAAAUUAUUCAGCCUGUUCCAGUAGUUGCUAAAGUCAAUGGAACAAGGCCUCAAAUGACUGCGGAACAAAUGGUCAAAGAAAUGUCAGACGUUUUAUCUAGGGGUCCUGCAGUUCAAGCCACAAAAGCUGUGGCUGGCACUAAGAAGCAUGAUCUUAGUAAGUGGAAAUAUGCAGAACUUCGUGAUACAAUCAAUACUUCUACAGAUAUUGAACUACUGGCAGCUUGCAGAGAAGAGUUUCACAGGCGACUAAAAGUAUAUCAUGCAUGGAAAUCCAAGAAUAAGAAACGUAAUACAGAAACAGAACAGCGUGCUCCAAAAUCAGUCACUGACUAUGAUUUUGAACCAUUUUUCAACAACUCAACUCAACAGAACCCAACAGCUCAGUUGUCUGCCAGGCAACAGGAGAUUGAAAUAAACAGACAACAGCGUUACUUCCGUAUUCCCUUCAUUCGCCCAGCAGACCAGUAUAAAGAUCCUCAGAACAAGAAGAAAGGUUGGUGGUAUGCACAUUUUGAUGGGCCUUGGAUUGCUCGACAAAUGGAACUUCAUCCUGACAAGCCACCUAUUCUGCUUGUAGCGGGGAAGGAUGAUAUGGAGAUGUGUGAACUAAAUCUUGAAGAGACUGGCUUAACUCGAAAGCGGGGUGCUGAAAUUUUGCCGAGACAGUUUGAAGAGAUUUGGGAGCGCUGUGGAGGCAUCCAGUAUCUUCAAAAUGCAAUUAAGAGUAGACAAGCUCGCCCUACUUAUGCAACAGCAAUGUUGCAAAGCCUAUUAAAAUAGUCAUUUUGCACGUUGAUGUUAGAGUUGAGAACUCUUACCAUGAUAUAAAGGGAAGAGUUCCUCUAUGCAACAGAGGAUUUAAAUAUUCUGUAAUUGUGUUAGAGAUGUUUAAUUUAAAGUGAACAGAUUUUAUUAAUCAUGGGAGUUUAAUUUGUAUUUUUGAUGUUUAAUUUGUGUAGUGAACUCACUAAUUCUAUGAACCGUGAAGAAGUUUCAAUCAAUUAUGUUUGUUGCAUUUUCUUUAUAUGCUGCAUCCUUCUCAAAAGCUUCUGUUAUAAUGCUAACACUGUAAAAUAACACUAUUGUACUUCAGGUAUAUACUAGGAUAAACUCCAUUACAAAUUCCUUUUUAUAAAAUCCUCUUCAGAACAUGCAAAAUAGUAACCUUUCAAGGAUGGUCUAGUGAAGAGGGUACAAUGUAUCAUAUAAAACUGAAUUUGUGAGGCCUUAGUUUUAACUUCUUCUCCUGAGAAGUUGGAGUGUACAGUACUUCUGGAUGAUCAAAGCCAUUUUAUGUCCUGAUCUGAAAGCUGCUCAACAUCUGUAUGUACUGACUUUUUCAGAAACUUAUGGGAAAUCUUUAAUUUCUUACCUUGUUUCUUAGUUUAACCGACAUUUCUUUUAUAUGUUUUGAGAAGAGCACAUAUGUAUUGGAAGUAUUGUGUAAUAAUGGAGGGACUCAAGGUUGUACUGCACAGUUAGGCUUGCAUUUUUCUUUUUUAGGAUCUUUUUUUAAAAAAAAAAAAAACCAAACAGAUUUCUUGCAAACACCAAUUAUAUUUUUCUGACAAAACUUUGUUGGGAGUCCUUCAAUAGUUAAAUUACCCAGGUAAUGUAAUUUAAAUAUAUGAUGCAAAAAUUGUCUAAGAUAUUUCUUUAGAUACAUUUAAGAGUAAAGGAAAGCAUAAGGGAAAUGUUUUUUUUUCCUUUUUUUCUUUUUUUAAAUAGUAGCAUAGUUUAUUAGAAUACAGAGGGCUGAAUUUCAGAGAUUCUUUUUACUUUAAUCCAUGCACACACAUUGUUACUUCUGUUUGGUGGCAUUAGAGUCUUGCCCAGCAACGCAUCGCUGGAGUGCCUGAUUACAGUGUGCUACUUCAAAUGGCUGCAUUUUAUGGUCUGCAGUAAUAACAAACUUUUUACUUCAAUCACUCUGAUCUCUUUGUACUUAAUCUCCCUUCAGGGUUUCUAGCUCUAUGUAAUAGUGCCCUUGCUUCACAAUUAAAAUGCUUGUGUAUAGGAAUUAUCAUUUCACACCAUGAAAACUGCCUUUUAUUUAUUUAUCCGGGUGUUCCUAAUGCUGGCCAUAUAUCAACAGAUUAAAACUUGAUAUUUAUAUCUCAGUGCUAAACAUUUGAAAAAGAGAGAUGUAGUUUGAUGCCUUCUAAUUAAAAUUAAAUAGGCAUCGUCUGAAAGCAAAAUAUUCACUUUUCUAGUAAUUAAGAACAAAGCUUACAUACUUCAGUUUCUAUGUCUUUGUCUAUAUAGAUGAACUGAUUUCCUCUCUGGAUCCUAAGUUUGAAACCUUUUUUGAAAACUUUAGUUUCUAAAUUCACUUCAUUGUGAACUGAAGAAAAGGUACAAUUCAAUAGUGCAGUAAGAAAAAGUGAUGAGACCACUUCCUAACUGUCAGAGUGGAGGUUGUUUGUGUGUCACAGUCAGUCUGUUAUCAGAACUACACUCCAUGUUGUAAUAAGUAUGAAAAUCUUUUAGUAAAGAACUAGUUAUUUAUUUAUGAAUCCACUACACAAGUGAUUUGACUGUGUCUCUGAACUGAACAUUGAAUAUGUCUGGGUGUGUUUUCUUUCAAGGUAAGUAUCGCAUGGCUCUUAGGUCAUGUGGUAGCAGCAUUGGUCAGGCUCUCAAAAUGCCCUUUCUCUUCCUACACCUAACACUUUACUUAAGCUGUAAUUAUUGACUGCAGUAUGAAGGAUGCAUGCAUAAGGCCCCAAUUCAGCAAUUUAUUCAAUCACAUACAUAUAUUCAACUACAGGAGUUCAAUGGUACUACUUGUGUGCCUGAAGUUAAGCACUUGUUUCAGUACAUUGCUGAAUUAGGACCAGAAUCUCAUAGUCUCCAGUCACCAGAUUCUUGGAAAUCCUAAACAUUAUAAGAGACUGUGACAUUUAAUAGACACAUUUAAGGAAGUGUUGAACUGUCUUGGAGCUCAAAUGCUUGCCCUUUUCUUAGUCUAUCUGAAUUUUAGUUAUUGCCUAGUUACGUGUAGUCUCAUGAUCUUAUUGGUACAUUAUAAAGAAUUUUAAAAAAUACACUGUAUUGAUUUAUUAUUGAUUUUAAAUGUGAUAUUAACACAUUUAAGUGUUCUAUGGAUGCAUACUUGUAACUUCCCUCAACAGUAACUAUGGUUAUACAUUGGGAGGAAACAUGCCUUUAUUAUAUAGUAUGGCAUAUUCAAGAUUCUUAUGUCAAGAGUAUAUUUGUAAGUCACUCAGAUAUCAUGGCAAUGGGUCUGAGAUAACCAAGAAAUCUUUAUUACUUUUAAAUGGAACUGGUGGCUGAAUGUUGUCAUAUGACACAUUUCCCGCACCUUCCUGUUGCUCUCAGUACUUGCUCUUGUCUUAAUUUGAGCCAGAGAAUAAUUUCUAAAGUUCAGAAUUUCCCAGUUUUGACAGGAUAGUAUGCAUUCCAGUAAAGGUCUCUGCUGGAAGUGGCUGCUGAUAGCUGCAUCUGUUACUACAGCAGAAGUCAUUCUCAAAUCAGAAUCAAGUUUGGGGUUGAUACCACAAUCGACUGCUUACCAGUCCUCUGCAUUAGCUGAUGGCUAGAUUAGACACUUGGUUAUCUCAUUGGUGAUAAGGAGUUGCCAUAUGGAGAAUACGGUGUUGGCUAAUGCUGCUCCUGACAUCUAGCAGUAAGGAGCAAUUUGAACUGCUCUGACCUGACACGUCAGCAGGAAAACGAAUAGAAAACAUUGGCUCUGUUCUGUGUGUUUGAAUGAUUUAAAAACCUGAUAUCCAGAGUAGCUGGGACUUUUCACAUGUAGCAUGUUAGUAAAUAAAAAGAAAUAAACACACAUACCAGGCUGUAUUCCUGAUCACAUCACCCAAGAAUAUGGAUCUACCUUUUCUUUCCAUUGGUGAAAUUCUGUUUCUUUUUGCACUUGCAUCCUCUUUUUGUUUUUGUUGUUUAAAAAUAUUUUUCAAGUAGUUUCCCUAAACUGAUCUCUUAAUGAUGUACUGAAAAUUACACAAAAUAAAUACAU